UUGAAACAAACAAAAGAAAGAGACUAUAGAAGAAUAUCGUAUCUUUGCUAGCUAUAGCUUUUCUCUCUUAUCUCUUCUAGUCUUUUAAUUUCUUCUAAGCCAAAUAUGUUCCCUUCAAUUAUAUCCAAUUCCACUUCUUUAUCUGAAGACUCUUCUUCUACACAGCUUAAUAGAUCCAAUCAUGUUGUCUCAACCAUUAAUUCCUCACAACAGCCUCAGAAAACCAAGAAAAAAAGAAACCUCCCUGGAAAUCCAGACCCUGAUGCUGAAGUGAUAGCUUUAUCACCAAAGACUCUAUUAGCUACGAAUAGAUUUGUGUGUGAGAUCUGCAACAAGGGUUUUCAAAGAGAUCAAAACCUUCAACUUCAUAGGAGAGGACAUAACUUACCAUGGAAGUUGAAGCAGAGGAACAACAAAGAAGUGAUUAAAAAGAGAGCUUAUGUUUGUCCAGAGCCUUCAUGUGUUCAUCACAACCCUUUAAGAGCUCUUGGAGAUCUUACAGGAAUUAAGAAACACUUUAGUAGAAAACAUGGUGAGAAAAAGUGGAAAUGUGAUAAGUGCUCAAAGAUCUAUGCUGUUCAGUCUGAUUGGAAAGCUCACUCUAAAACAUGUGGUACUAGAGAAUACAAAUGUGAUUGUGGUACUCUAUUUUCCAGGAAGGACAGCUUCAUAACUCACAGAGCAUUUUGUGAUGCAUUAGCUGAAGAAAGUGCAAGAAUGACAGCAAACCAAUUAAUUAACAACAAUACACAAUCUCUAUUCCUCUUCCCAACCCAACAAAACUUCCAAAACAAUCUCACAUGGGUCCCACCACCACCUCAACAAAAUCUUAACCCUAACCCUAACCCUAACACCCUCAAUGCUUCUCUCCACCACAACAUCAAACAUGAAACUCAAAACAUUCACAACAACAUCAUAACCUCAGCAACUGCACUUCUCCAGAAAGCAGCAACAGUUGGGUCAGCCCCAAUCACGGUGACUCAGCUUGACUCAGUGGUACGUCAUCAUUACGUUAACAACAUGAGAGGCCUCACCAGAGACUUUCUUGGCCUAACCAACGGAGGAGGACAAAAUGCUCCUUCCGUUGACGUUAGCAUUCAUCUCAAGGAUAUGCUAACAUUCACGGCUGGUGUAGACCAACCAAACAUGCUGUUUCCCGAGUCGUGGAAUUGUUAGAUCACCACUCCAAUUCAACUUUUGCCUUAUUUGUAUUUUUAAUUUUGUACCAUUUUCAUUUCAGUUUCUUGUGGAUCAAAUUUUUAGUUGAAAAAUAAUUUCUACAUCCACCCCAUCAACUGUUUCAAUAGAAAUGAUGAUGUAAUAUGUUGAUGAUGUGAUAAGAAAAGACACGUAAGAAUAUGAGUGGUUAAAUGGAUGUAUGAAAAUUAUAAGUGUUUAUGUAUCAUUCUAUUUAAUUUUCA